CGUCCCAGAAGAAAUGUCACCGCGGUGGUCCAGGAUGAUGCUGCAGCUCGUGCUCCUCGCCGCCCUCGCCCUCUGCGGACGCUGCUCCGAGCAGGAUCUCGAUGGGGUGCAACGGGUGGUCGGUGGGACCGAGGCACGCUCGCACGCCUGGCCCUCCCAGAUCUCCCUCCAGUAUUACUCCAGCGGCAGCUGGUAUCACACCUGCGGAGGGUCCCUCAUCCAGAGAAACUGGGUGAUGACGGCAGCCCAUUGCGUGGAUCGUAACCUGAACUUCCGUGUUGUGGCCGGCGAUCACAACCUCUACUCGAACGAAGGCAGCGAGCAGGUCUUCAGCGUGAGCAAGAUCGUCAUCCAUCCCUCCUGGAACAGCAACAACGUCGCUGGGGGCUACGACAUCGCCUUGAUCCGCCUGGCCACCUCCGCCAGCCUGAACUCCUACGUGCAGCUGGCGGUCCUGCCCGCGGAGGGAUCCAUCCUGGCCAACAACUACCCCUGCUACAUCACGGGCUGGGGUCUCACCCGCACCAACGGGCAGCUCUCCAGCGUCCUGCUGCAGGCGUACCUGCCCGUGGUGGACUACCAGAUCUGCUCCAGCUCUUCCUACUGGGGCUCCACCGUCAAGACCACCAUGGUCUGUGCCGGCGGUGACGGCGUCCGCUCCGGCUGCCAGGGCGAUUCCGGUGGUCCCCUGCACUGCGCGGUGAACGGGCAGUACCAGGUCCACGGCGUCACCAGUUUCGUCUCCAGUCUGGGCUGCAACGUCCAGCGCAAACCCACCGUCUUCACCCGCGUCUCUGCCUACAUCUCCUGGAUACAGAGCGUGAUAGCCCAGAACUGAGCGGUGGCACGAGAAGAGCCCAGUCCCUGGCUCGGGCGAGGGAUGUCGUCUCCCCCCACAUCUCAGGGGUUUAAAACUCGUAGCCGGUGUCAAUAAAAUCUGUUCCUCUCUCCA